AUGCAAAAAAAAUAUUCAAAGCAUCAACCAUUGAAAGACUUCAAGAACUCGAUCAAGAGUUUAAAGAUUGAUGCUCGUCAUCGACAAACGGCAUUCGAGCGAAUGCUUCAAGCUCAACUCUUCACCCGAAUUGCUUUCGUUACAACACAAAUUCAAGAAAUUGAACAAGCGGUACGUGAGAGAAUAGCUGAGCAUAGCUCGACGCUUGAAGAUCCACAAGCAGAAUGCAUUAUUGAAGCCCAGACACAGUUAAAUGAUCUUGCUGAAUUAAUGGGAAGUGACUUCAUGGAACUCUCAGCUAUUGCUAGAAAAGAUUUCAUGAGAAUUCCAGUUGAAUUUGUUCAUCCUUUAAUUAAAACUUACGAAAGAACUUCACAAGAAUUUUUAGUAGAGACUUUGCUUGUUCUGUCAGGCGGUGCACCGGUUACGCGUUUGAAUGAAACUGUGGGAUUCUUGGAAUCUCUUUUAGAAGCAGUACAAUAUGGAUAUCCAGCAAUGGCUGGGGAAAUUGAAGAGGGAAACGUCGUAAAGGAUCGACAAAUGAAUUAUGUAAAGGCACAAAUAUUUCCAAUUCUUGAGAUUGAAUCCUCAGCUCUUGAUCUUGUUCAAGUGGAUCGAUUAUUAGAAUUGCAAUCAAGUUUCAAUAUUUUACAUGCAAAUUUUGAGUAUCGCAUCAAUCGAGCGAUUGAAAGUCAAGCGAUAAAUUUAAAAAUUGCAAACUCACAACUGAUUUCACGAAUGGGAUUUGUGAGUGACGAAAUCAAUGAUAAGAGAAACGAAACUAUUAACGAGAUAAAUUUGCGAGCGGCUGAAAUUGAUGAUUUUGAAGCUGAAUGUAUUGUCGGUUCAUUGGAAAGUGUGGAAAAUUCAGCUCAAUAUGCUGGCACUAAUUUAAUGGCUGCUGUGGGAGAAGCAAUGUUUUACAUCAAUCAAAUUGAACAAAGUUACUUCUAUCCAUUGAUUAAUGUUCUUCAGAUUGAGUCAAGUAUCAUUCAAUGGACGAUACUGAGUUCCAUGCAUCGAUACAAUUCUGUAACAGAAAUUGAGAGACUCAUUAGUCGCCUCGAAGAUGAUUAUUUCGUCACUUGGACACUUUACGAAAUUUCAAUAAGAAAUAUCGAAAGAGAAGUGCAAAGAAUUGAUGAAAACUUUAAUGAAAUCAAAUCUUGGUAUUUCCCGCAAUUGAAUUCACAUCGCGACUAUUUCACAUUCACUGCAAAUUUUAUCAGGGAAGAUCUCUCACAAUGCGAAGCAACACAAUCAGCAUAAAACAUUUAUUGUGACAUUUAAAUUUCUUUUAAAUAAAAUUAAAAAUCAUCUUAACUAAUUAGA